UCCGCCGCAGCUGAUGUUCCGGCUUCUGUCCACAAACAGUGCUAAUGCUACCAAAAACGGAGGAGUGAGUGUGAGUAAUAGACACUUGCUUCGUUUCAGGUGUAACAAAAAGACUCGGUUAACUUUAUUUCAACAGCAGAGCUCAUUAACCUACCCUGUGGUGUGUCUUGUCCGCGGAGACAUAACUUUGGGAGAUAUAUGUGUUUGUUGACGCUACGACGCCACUUCUUAAAAGUCAUCUUUCACCAGGUUGGAGAAAUAUGUCAGAGCUGGAGAACCUGCUGGAGGAUGGACUGAGAUCAGAGUUGAUGCUCCAACAACAGCUGAAGGCCCUGAGUGAGGCCCUCCGGAAGCAGCUGCAGGAGACAGAGAGUAGACAGAGAGAGGAGCUGGAGAGGAGGAUUCAUCAGAACACUCACCUGUCAAUAGACCAAAAGACCAGUGAUCAAAAUGAAGUGAAUCAUCAGGCCAAACAUGUGGGAAUGAGGAAAUCUGCCUCUACAUCUGCCCUCACCUCAGACAAAGAAACUUCAUACCACCCCAGACAGUCAGAGAAUUCAUCUUCUCUAAAAAACUGGAAGCAUUGUUCAGUCAGGACUUCCAUGCUGACUGCUGCCAGGAUUAAACAGUGUGAACACUUAGCUUCAUCUGAAACAACACAGAUGAUCAAAGAGAAGGAGGCUGAGGCUGAGUGUCAGAAGAAGUUCCGUGCUCCCCCAGUCCCCAGCCAUGUCAACAAGCCCCUCUAUCAGGAGAUGAACGAGCUGAAGGAAAAGGAGAGGAAACAGUGCCGUGAGCAGAGGAGGGAUUUCUUGCUCUCCAUUCAAAAACCUUUCAGCUUCCAGGAGAGAGAAAAGGAGAAAAGGGAGAAGCUUUUAGCGAUGACAAAACAUGUUUCAGAUAAUCAAAAAAGCAAUGCUGCUACUGUACAGAAACCUCCUCACAAAGAGGUUAAAGACUCCGCAGAUUUUGAGGUGAAAGACCAGGAGCUUUGCAGAGAAGUCACCACUCAAACAACAUUGCGUUGUGAGAAUUCAACUGUGUCUGGCAGCCCGAAACUUCGCACUGCCGAGCGCACUAGGAAAGAAAAGUUGCGCUUCCUGGAUGAGACGCCCAGCUUCAGACCCAAAAUCAUCCAACAGGUCCCUGAUUUCAGCAGGCUGCACAGAGCCCUGCAGACAGAGGCGCUGAGAAAAACACAGAGUAAGGAAACGAUCAAAUGUCAGCCCUUCCAUCUGAGGACAUCAGCUCUCCCUGAGAGGAAAAGUAGGAUGAACCCUGAAAACUCACAGGAACCAAAUAUAAGUAAUCUCAGUAGAAGCAAGUCCCUUGGCACCUUAACAUCACUGUCCAAAGACACACUCCCCACAUUCAUCACAGACGAUGUGAGGAAGCGCGGCAUGGCCAUCAGAAAGUCAAUGGAGAUGAGGGAUAGCAGGAAUCAGGAGGGUGCAGAAUGGUUGAGGAUGUACCAGAUGAAGUCCCAGGCCAUGAGGAAGGCAGUCACACUUCAUGCAAAGCUGCUGGACCCACACAGCAGCUUGAAAGAGGUGCAUACUGAAAAACUACAGUAUCUCCGGGAGGCUGACCAACAGCGGAUGAGAAAGUACACGAGGGAGUUACGGGACAUGAAGGCACGAGUCAGUGAACGCCCUUAUUUGUUCCAACAGGUGAAACAGAAAAAUGCAAAGGCUCACGCAGAGCAGAAAUACAGGAACAAGCUGAAGACAGCCGGCUUAAAGGAGCAGUUUGUUGAAGAGAAUGGUGAGGCAGCUGAAGGAACAUCAACAUCAUCCAGAUCUGGGGACGAUGCAGACGAGAUUGACAUUCAUAGCAGGGAGGAAAAUGUAGACGACGGGGAGAAAAUUGAAGAUGUGGAAGAGAAGAGCGUGAAGUCCAAACGGGAAGAAAUGCCAUGAUCAAAAAGGUUCGAGCGGCACAGAGUUUUCUGUGGCCUCUCCGCUAGAAAACAACACUGUCCGCAGAAAUGAUUCAUGUCAUUGCUAACUAUCGGCAAAGAGUGUGUGAUGGUUUAAGAUGCAGACCUGUAAAGUAUGAAAUUACAAAACAUCUGGACUUUACAAUCACAACUGUCAGGGAUUACAACUGAAAAAUAAAAGUUUAUGGGACUGUA